ACUGGCUUUCGUUCCUUCCCUCCCGCCCUCUCCCUCCCCCCUCUGUUCUCAGGCAUGGUUUCGACACCCUCGUCUGCUCCCGAAUGGCUCAGGCACCCACUCUCGUCCCCCCACCUCGUAUCAGUCGUCCGUGCGCUAUCAGAGCGCGAGCGCGCCCGUACCAUCGCUCGGAACACAUCCCGCCAACGAUCCAACUCCAAGUCGCAGCGGAACCCAUAUACGCCCACACACAUCCUCGCCUCUCUCCUUAACAAACCCGAUCACGCCGAGCACUACUCCGUGUCCGUGGGCUCGAACCGCGACCUCCAGGAGUGCAACCGCUAUCUCGACAUCACGCCGUACGAUCGCACGCGCGUCGUGCUCUCGGGUCGCGGCGUCGAGCGCGGCAGCGCGCCGGACGGGCGGUAUCUGAACGCGAACUGGGUGCGCGAGCUCGCGGGCGGAAAGUGGUGGAUCGCGAGCCAGGCGCCGCUCCCAAACACCGCGCACGCGUUCCUCAGUGUCAUGCUCAGCCCGAUCGUGCACCCGAACGCGUCGCGCACGUCGAAGACGAGCCGCGUGCGCACGGUGGUGCAGCUCACGCAGAACGUCGAGAGCGGCAUGCGCAAGGCGCACGUCUACUUCCCCGACGCGGUGGGCAAGGAGUGGGUCGUCCCCCCGGAAGAAGGGCUCUCGACACCGCCAUUGAAAGUCACCCUUCGCCAGUCGUCGUACGUCGAGGACGCAAAGUGCGUGCUGAGCCGUGUGUCCGUCGAGCCUUCCGGCGGGCAGGCCACCAUCUUCCAGCAUUUAUUAUAUGCGUCCUGGCCGGACCAUGGCGUGCCCACUGACGAGGAUCGCGCGAGCCUGCUCCGCUUCACCCGUUUCGUGGACGAGGUAAAUCGCGAUCUGUCGUCGCAGUCCCUGCUACAGUCGCCUCCACCUCAAGAUGAGCUUGAUCCCGACCCCCCGAUCAUCGUCAAUUGCUCUGCAGGCAUCGGCCGGACAGGCUCGUUCAUCGCGCUCUCAUCUCUGUUGCGGAAGUUCGGCUUCCUCCCACCCCCUGCAUCGCCAUUAUCUCUCGAAGAUGGCGGAUGGAAGUUGACGCCAUCGCCACUAGGGCCACUGCCCGAGGAACUCCGCGAGGACCUCGUCGCGCAGGAGAUUGACAUGCUCAGAGAGCAGCGCCCGGGGAUGGUGCAGAGAGACAGCCAAGUAGCGUUCAUCUACGAGAUGUUGAUCGCUGCGUUCGCGGAGCAACAUGCUACCUAGUCGGUUGGCCGGUCUCUCGUUUUCCUGACGGGCUUGAGUCAUUGGACAGUACUUGCUAGAUCUAGCUAAUUAUCGUGUGACGGACUGUAGUGAUGUGAGCCAGGUGUACGAGUCUAAUUCAUGCAGUGAAUGAGGUAUACGUUCGUCGAGACCAAAUAUGACUAGCGCAUACAUGGGCAGCCACAGGAAGUCGUUGGGGG